UUUUGCCAACCAAACGUGCUUUCAUUUUCUAUCAAACGACGCUUCGCACACCGUUCCUUUCCGUACACCUUCCGAUUCCGACUCCGAGUCCGGAUCCGUGACAGGAUUGGGAUUCAGCUGAUGGUGAAUCGGGGCUCGUCAAUUGAAUUUCGCAUGAGAAUGCAACAGGAUUAGCAGCACGGGAGAGCUAGCUAGCCACUAAGGACGGAUCCUGUGAGUGUCUGACGGAUGUAACGGAAUUUGGAGGAAGACCUGCCACCACAUCGAUACGGUGCGAAAGGAGCAAAAGGAUCGCUCGAGGAACGUUGAAUUUCGGGAAUAAGGAGUCGGGAGACAGGAGCAACAAAUACCUGGGAAGAGGACGAGAACAAUAUACAAACAAACCGAGCUUGGGGCCCAUUCAACAACCUCCUCUCGACGCGGCCGUAUCGAUUUUCCGUUACAUCGUUAUACACACACGCACUAACCCACUUCGCACUUGGCCCACUGCCAUUACGCAUACGCCCCGUUGCCACCCCCGAAAAGAGAGGGGCCACCGCACACUCACACACACACACACAUCAGAGAGUCAGAGAGAGAGAGAGAGAGAGAGUGAGUGAGCGAAUUUGUUGCAUCUCGGCGGCACUGGAAGCAUGUUUCAUUUGGCACUCGCUAGCCGCGGACGGACUAACCAUUUAGGGCUACAGCAAUAGCCAUUGUAAAUAGCAAUCAUCGUCAGCAUCAGAGAUCGCGACAACCGCCUGCCAUCCGGGACUUUCACUCUUUUGCAGAGAUCACUUGAGAAAUCCCCCUUUGAGACCGCGUUCCACCAGCAGGUGUUCAGCAUGGCGAGGCUUCAGUUGCAGACAGGACAGGUGGCAACAGCGGCGGUGCUGCUGCUGAUGGGUCUCCUCCAGGUGCUGAUGAUGGGCCAGGCAAUGGCCCAGGGACCGCCACCGUUGCAGGUGUGCCCCGAGCAGGGCGAAAUCUCGCCCUGCAUUUGCACGGUGAAAAAGAAUGGGCUGGAUAUACUCUGCGAGACCACAGACCUGGCGCACAUCACCAAGUCCAUGGGCACACUGAAGGGCAAGAGCCCGAUCAUCUUCUACUUGAAGCUGCGCCACAACAACCUGCCCAAGCUGCAGGGCUUUGUCUUCCUGGCCCUGGACAUUCGUCACCUGACCAUCCAUAACAGCAGCCUGGCGGCCAUCGAGGAGAAUGCCCUCAGCUCGUUGGGCAACGGACUCACCCAGCUGGACGUGUCUCUUAACCAAAUGAAGACGGUGCCCUCGCAGGCCCUGCAGCAUCUGUUCCACCUGUUGAUCCUCAAUCUGAAUCACAAUAAAAUCAGCGUUAUUCACAACAACGCCUUCGAGGGCCUGGAUACCCUGGAGAUUCUGACGCUCUACGAGAACAAAAUUACACAGAUUGACCCCGAGGCUUUCCGGGGACUCGAGGGCAAAUUAAAACGUCUCAAUCUGGGCGGCAACGAUCUAAGCAGUGUUCCGCAGAAGGCCUUAUCCAUUCUGGACACUCUAAAGAAGCUGGAGAUACAGGAGAACAAGAUUCGUACCAUUAGCGAGGGCGAUUUCGAGGGCUUGCAGAGCUUGGACUCAUUGAUUUUGGCCCACAACAUGAUCACCACCGUGCCUGCCAAUGUCUUCUCCCAUCUCACCCUGCUCAAUUCCCUGGAGCUGGAGGGCAAUAAGAUCAGUGCCAUUGACAAGGAUGCCUUUAAGGGUCUGGAGGAGAAUCUGCAAUAUCUGCGUCUUGGUGAUAACCAAAUUCACACCAUUCCCAGCGAGGCACUGCGUCCAUUGCAUCGCCUUCGCCAUUUGGAUUUGCGCAAUAACAAUAUCAAUGUUAUUGCCGAAGAUGCCUUCACUGGAUUCGGAGAUUCCCUUACAUUCCUCAACCUGCAGAAAAAUGACAUCAAGGUGCUGCCUAGCGUUCUUUUUGAAAACCUCAAUUCGCUGGAGACACUGAACCUGCAGAAUAAUAAGCUGCAGCGCAUACCGCAGGACAUUAUGGAGCCGGUCAUCGACACCCUACGCAUCAUCGAUAUCACCGAUAAUCCACUGAACUGCUCGUGUGAGCUGACCUGGUUCCCCAAGCUGCUGGAGGACCUGAAGAACAAGGACGACGAAAUGUCGCAGAAGAAGAAGCCGCUGUGCCACAUGGGGCUGGACAACCGCGAGUACUUCGUGCAGGCCAUGCCCACCGAGAAGAUGCACUGCGCCGGCCUCAAUGUGAGUCCCUCGCCGACCAGCGGCGGUCUGAUGCGGAUCCUGCAAGUGAACAUCCUGGCCCAGAUUGCCGUGUGUAGCGUGGCGUUUCUGACUAGCGUCUAAUGCCUGUCCAGCCAUGUUCUAUGUGGGUCAGUUUCAGCUUCAGUUUCAGUUCCACCCAGACACUUAGACCCCAGACCCACAGAGAUCAGUGAUAGUUCCAGUUCCAUUCGGUCUGAUUCGACACAAAAUCAGUGGCAAGCCAAAAGAUAACUAAAUCCAAACCAGAUCCCAACCACAGACCACCCUUCGUUCGUCUACAAACCAAUUCCGUGUUGUUGUAUUGUAUGUUUUCUUAUAGAUUGUAGAGAAACCGUGAAUUAUGCAACUCUGCCAAUAAUUAGACUCAGAAAGCACGCUUUUUGAACCACCAGCAAGUCAGCCAGCCAGCCAGCCAGCCGGAGAGCAUCCCAACCCACCUUGUUGAACCGAGGCACCGGCGGCCGGCCAUCCAAGAUCCAUGAUCCAAGAUCCACCCCAUCCAAAACUUGCACAGUAGCUCGACUCGAAGGGGAACCCGCUGGGCGGCAAAGAGAUGGGCUCACCAGGAGGAGUUCCAGGCUCAGGCCCAAUCCCAGGCUUCCCAGCUUAGAUGUAAGGCUUGAUUUAAGCACAAGUGCACCGGCGCUAGAACCCAAGCGAAACUCAAACAUAUCAGAAUAUUGUUAAGUUUAAGUGAGAGGGUUUAAACAGAUAUUGUGCAUGCGUAUAUGUGCACCCAUUUACCAUUAUAUUAUGUGUAGUCUAUCGUCGUCUUGUCGUCGGUGUUGUGAGAUACAAUCAUUACUACUCACCUGUUUACAGUCCUUCCUCCGCACCCGAGACCCCCAAAAGCAAAUCUCACCUAGUCGAAGUAUCGAAGUAUCUGUAACCCAAAAGCAAAUUCCCUGCAAUUACUAAACUGUUUCUCCCCAUUUUGGGUUCAGCGGAAGGAAACCAAUUGAAGAAAGUAAUAUUCAUUUGCAUCAAUCACCAAGAACUGAUUAUGGAAUAAGUAGUUUGUACUCUUUAUUUGCCGCAAAACAAAGGGCAAGUACUCCAUCCCAAUCCCAACUCCCAUACUCCCAUUCGCCCCUUUCCCCUUCUACCCACACAAAUCGAGAAUACAUAUCGUUAUUAUAUUGUUAUUAUAUCGUGACAUAUCAGGAGCUAGCAAGCUCAACACGGCUAAAAUAGUGACAUUUUAUAGAAUUUACAUUUACUUACAUUUACGAGAAACAUUUUUGAGGCAUCAAGGAGACGAGUUUGAUAUUUACGCGGCAGAGCGAGAGAUUUGGAAUUAGAGCAACAAUUUGUAUAUGCGCAGAGUGUGUGGAAUUUUUGAAAUUUUUUUAUACAUAUACUUUUAUACACACAUACAUACGUACCUUUUCAAUUAUGUCUAUGCAAAAGCUAAGUUGUAAUUUGCUAAAAAUUAAUUGUAAUUGCACUCCAUCCGCUGUUGCCUCGCGAAUCGCAUCCCACCGCCCCCUCCAUCCGUCGGCCGGCUUGGGUCAGUAGCCAGCUCCCGGUGGUCGGGGCAGGAAGGAUCGAAUCAGGAAGGCGAAAGCGGAAACGGAAGCAGCGCCAAGAAUAUCUCCAAGCGAAUGCGCUGCACCGCCGAUUCGGGUCAGUUGCCAACGGCCAAAGCCAUUCCCUUUGAAAUAUUCAGCCCGUACACAGUGCUCUCCAUGCGAGCUAAGAUGUCCGAGAAUUCGGGUAGAAUUCAAGAAUCUAAAUCUAAUAAAGAAUCCAUGUUGGUUACAAAU